GCAGAAGGCGGCUGUUUCCACGGCUGAGCGGUGGGCUGCGGGUCAGCACAGAUGGAUGUCCACAACGGAUUUCUGCACAAAUACGGGGGAUUUCUGGUGAAGCGCUGGCGGCAGCGUUACGUGGCGGUGGAAGAGGACGGCUCGUUGUACAUCGCCAGGGGUCCCGGGGCGUGCCCGCGGGGCCCCAUCGCCCUCCCGAGCGCCUGCAGGGCAGUGGUGCCGGGCCUCGAGGUGGGCUCCCUGCCACCGCUCCCGACAGGGGCCCGGCCCGAGUGCUGCCUGGCCCUGCAAUUGCUGGGAGGCAAGCACGUGUUCCUGCUGGCGGGCGACGCGAGCGAGUUCAGGCGCUGGUUCGGCAUCUUGAUGCAAGCCAGGAAGGGCGUCCUGUGUCCACUGGACGGGCGACUCACGCCGUCUGCCUGGCCAGCCGACCCGGCCACUCGCGACAAACAACAGCGGCGCAGAGUCGCCGCCGCCGCCAGCAGCACCAGCACCGCCGCCUCACCAUCCCCAGCGCUCUUCCGUCUCGUCUACGCUCCGCGCUACCCUCGUUCAUCGCCGCACGCCGCCGCCGCCGCCGCGCAACCCGCCCUUCCGCCGUGCUACCACAGGCGACACGAGCGGCCCUGCGUGGACCUGGCCUUCCUAGUGACCGUCGAAACGGUGGCCGGGCCCGCGUUGGGCCUCGUGGCCCCGGGGUCGGUUGCCUCCAUCGAAGGGGCAGCGCUGCGUGAGUGCAUACUGGGGGCGAUGGGCGGUGGCGGCGGUGGCGACUUUCACCCCGGCCUCCUUUCCCUUUCCCCCGGCGUCACCUCGGCCCCCUGUCUGCUGCACCCUCUGCUUCACCCUCUGCUGCACCCUGGCUGCUGCACCCUCUGCUGCACCCUCUGCUGCACACGCUGCUGCAUCCCUCUGCUGCACCCUCUGCUGCACCCGCUGCUGCACCCGCUGUUGCACCCGCUGCUGCACCCUCUGCUGCACUCUGGCUGCACCCGCUGCUGCACCCGCUGCUGCACCCUCUGCUGCACUCUGGCUGCACCCGCUGCUGCACCCGCUGCUGCACCCUCUGCUGCACUCUGGCUGCACCCUCUGCUGCACCCUCUGCUGCACCCGCUGCUGCACCCGCUGCUGCACCCUCUGCUGCACCCUCUGCUGCACCUUCUGCUGCACAUUGUCUGCUGCACCCGCUGCUGCACCCGCUGCUGCACCCUCUGCUGCACCCGCUGCUGCACCCUCUGCUCGCUGUACCCAUCCCAGCGGCGCUCUUGGCCGGCGUAA